GUUAUCACUUCUUCUUUGUUCCUUUAAGUAGGCUUGCUCUUCCUGUGUCUACAGGGAUACUGGCUUUAAACGGGCUCGGAACCCUUCCCUGCUGCACGCAGGCUGCGCUGGCAUACCUGGCAGAGUGACAGCAGACAAAAGCCUCUGAGCCUGGGACUAACCACGGCCUCUGAUCUCAGCGGGAGCUCCAGCACGGAGACCUGAAGAGAUGAUGCUGGAUCUUCUGGGACCCUUUCCUCUCUUCCUGUUGCUGCUGGGAUCAUCGGGGCCAGGACUUGCCUCUGGUGCUUGGGCUCAACUCACUGGGUUUCAAAAGUUUAUAAUUAAGCAUAUAGGAGUAGCUCCUGUACAAUGCAACAAUGCAAUGCAUGCUGUCAAUAAUCUUAAUCGGAUCUGUAAGCCUCAAAACACCUUUCUGCAUGACUCCAUCCAGAACGUGUCUGAUACCUGUCUUUUGCCCAACAUACGCUGCAAGAAUAAACGGGAUAACUGCCACCGGAGUGCAAAUCCUAUUGGCAUGACUUACUGCAAUCUCACUGGAGGGACAUAUCCCGACUGCCGCUACAGUACCACUCCCCAGUACCAACGCUACACUGUUGCCUGUAACCCCCCUGAGCCAGGCGACCCUCCCUAUCUUCUGGUUCCUGUGCACUUAGAUCAAGACUAAGGUUUCUGUGACUUUCCCUAUCACUUGGUGCAGGUUCUCUUAUUCUUUUUCUUUCCUUUUGUUGAUUUCCAUGUUUCCCUUAGAGAAAGAAGGAGUGGGUGCCUGGGUUCCUCAGUGGGUUAAGUGUCUGCCUUCGACUGGGGUCAUUGUCCCAGAGUUCUGGAAUCCAGUCCCAUGUCAGGUUCCCUUCUCGGUGGGGAGUUGUCUUCUUCCUCUGCUCCACACCCUGCUUGUGCUCUCUCUCAUAUAAAUAAAUAAAUCUUUAAAAAAAGAAGAAAAAAGGAGGGGAGUUGGAGAAUUACAGGGCCACGAUGCAAUACCACAGUUGGGGACAAAAACAAACAGGAUUCUUUUCUGCUUUGGAGCUUUGUGUGUUUCAAAGGAAGGCAAAGGAAGAAGGCAAAGGAAGACCCAGGCCUCAUAUUUUUAAUCUUGGAACUCCUGCCAAGCUUUGUUGCAUUGUGUUCACAGCAAUAAAAUCACUUUCUGUUGCAUUGUAA